AACGAAACGAAGAAGAUAGACCGGAAGGCGGGAUAGAAGUCCGAGUGAGUCAUCUUCCCAAAAAGAGAAGAUCUAGGCGCACGGCACCGUGUUUACAGCGAACACAGCAGACUGAGCAACGGAGGCUGUGUUUGUACCCGCACAUCAAUUUGUGUAACUGCGCUACCUGUUCUGCUGUCUGUCGACGGAGGACAUUAGAAAGCCAGAGGGCUUGACCUGACACGGAGCAAUAUACGGUGAAAUACUAAAUUUUACGUUGAAAUGAAGGCAAAUUAUAGCUACCAUAACAACGCGGUGUGUGUGCGUGCAUGAUGAGGGGCUGAGGAGGAGGGAGAAGGAGGUGGUGGCGGUCUGAAACAAGGUUUUAUCCUGGAUAUUUCGAAACAAACGUCGUGUCGUACACACAAGGGUGCUGUGUAUCAAUUUAAUAUGUCAUUGUAUGCCAUACACUGCCUCUUUCCAUCCCAUUUUAAGGGGCUUUGACACGUUUUCUGUCUCCUUUGGACCCUUCAUCAGCAGGACGUUGAACGUCUUUUACUCCAGAUAUGGAGUGUGAAGAUGCGGAGUACAGCGGAAUCCCUGCCGUUGGUUUAGCUGCUUUGGUGUUACCAUACACGUCAAUGCGGUUCUGUUUUUGGCAGGAAUAAACAGGACUAUGAAUACACAUCGUCUGAACAGAGGAAUAAAUCGGUGAUUUGUGGAGCACGAUUGGACUCCUGUUCGCAAACGUGAGAGAGCUAUCCUGCUAGCCUGGUUGUAGCGUUAGUAGCUAUUAGCUCCAUUAGCCGACUAACAGCUAAAAGGUCCUGACUGGAGAUUAAAAAGCGGGUCAUUAAUUCUGACCAGGUUUUGCUGACGUUUUCUCCACACAGUAUACUUAUUCACCGGAUUUCGGAGGAUUUGCUUAUCCAGGAAUGAGGUUUCGAAUGGAAAGGAACCGCUUGACCUUGUUUUGGGGUCUGAUGCUGGGUCUGUCGUCCUGCCUCCGGCCCGCCACCGCAGAGAUUUGUGGUCCCAGCAUUGACAUUGGCAACGAUAUCAGUGAAUUCAGGAGCCUGGAGAAUUGCACUGUGGUGGAGGGCUAUUUGCAGAUCCUACUCAUCGGUGACAAAAACAACAAUAACAUCAACCAGGAAGUCUUCCGCUCCCUCAGCUUCCCAAAGCUAACUAUGAUCACUGACUAUCUGCUGCUAUUCCGGGUGUCAGGCUUGGACAGUCUGAUCUUUCCGAACCUCACCGUAAUCCGUGGACGUAACCUCUUCUACAACUAUGCCCUUGUGAUCUUUGAGAUGACCAGCCUGAAGGACAUUGGCCUGUACAACCUGAGAAACAUCACCCGUGGCGCCAUCCGCAUUGAAAAGAACCCUGAGCUCUGCUACCUGGACUCCAUAGAUUGGUCCCUCAUCAUGGAUGCCGAGUUCAACAAUUAUAUUGCAGGGAACAAGCAGGCCAAGGAGUGCAGCGAUGUUUGUCCAGGCAUCAUGGAGAACAACCCCCAGUGCAGAAAGACCAUCUUCAACAACAACUACAACUACCGCUGCUGGAGUUCCAAUCACUGCCAGAAAGAAUGCCCAGAGAAGUGUGCACGACGAGCAUGCACAGCAGAUGGUGAGUGCUGCCACCCUCAGUGUCUGGGCAGCUGCACAGUCCCUGACAGUGACACAGCAUGUGCUGCAUGUGUGCAUUACUACCACCAAGAGCGCUGUGUGGCUGAUUGCCCUCCCGGCACCUACAAGUUCGAGGGCUGGCGCUGCAUCAGUGCUGAGCUUUGCUCCAAAGUCCACCUCCCCGAGUUUGACAGCUUCAUCAUCCACGGUGGAGAGUGUAUGCCCGAAUGCCCAUCUGGGUAUACGCGCACCGCACCCAACAGUAUGUUCUGUAAAGCCUGUGAUGGUUUGUGUGAUAAAGUAUGUGAGGAGAAGGUCAUCGACUCCAUGAAUGCUGCUCAGUCUCUCAAAGGCUGCACUGUUAUCAAAGGCAACCUGCACAUCAAUAUCCGCAGAGGCCACAACAUGGUGGCAGAGCUAGAGAGUUUCACAGGUUUGAUCCAGAGGGUGACGGGUUACGUACGGAUCAGACACUCCCACACUCUGACCUCGCUGACCUUCCUCCGCAGCCUCAGAUACAUCGAUGGAGAAGAACUUCUGGAGGACUUGUACGCCUUCUCUGCUUUGGACAACCAGCAGCUCCAGUACCUGUGGGACUGGAAGCACCACAACCUCACUAUCAAAAAAGGAAAGCUGUUCUUCAGAGCCAACCCAAAGCUCUGCAUGUCUGAGAUACACAACAUGUGGGACAACACGGGCAUCCAAGGUCACUUUGAUGAGAGCGAUUUCCGAAACAAUGGUGACAGAGCCAGCUGUGAAAGCACUGUCCUGAAAUUUAAGUCCAACAGCACCAGCAGUACAAGAAUAAAACUGACCUGGCAACGCUACCGGCCCCCCGAUUACAGAGACCUCAUCAGCUUUGUCGUCUACUACAAGGAGGCGCCAUAUCAAAACAUCACAGAAUUUGAGGGUCAGGAUGGCUGUGGCUCCAACAGCUGGAAUAUGGUGGAUGUAGAGCUGAGGCCUGACAAGGACGCAGACCCUGGAGUUCUGCUGUCCAACCUGAAACCCUGGACGCAGUACGCUAUCUUUGUCAAGGCUAUCACUCUCAUGGUGGAGGACAAACAUAUGCCAAGUGCCAAGAGCAAGGUGGUCUACAUCCGCACAAGCCCUUCAGCACCGUCCAUGCCUCAGGAUGUGCGAGCGUACUCUAACUCAUCGACACAGUUGGUGGUACGUUGGUCGCCCCCUGUCUCACCCAAUGGAAACCAGACCUACUACCUGGUCAGAUGGCAGCAACAAGCCGAAGACAGGGAGCUGUACCAGCACAACUACUGCUCCAAAGAGCUGAAGAUCCCCAUAAGGAUUGCUGCCAUAGGUGUGGGAGACCAGGAAGAGGAUACUAAGCCCACUAAGCCAGAUGCAGAGGGGGCAGAUAAAGGCCCCUGUUGCCCUUGCCCCAAGUCAGUUGAGGACCUGGAAGCAGAAGCUGCUGACGCUUCCUACCGAAAAGUCUUUGAAAACUUUCUGCACAACUCUAUUUUUACACCAAGGCCACCAGAUCGUCGGCGUAGAGAUCUGUUUAGUAUUGCCAACUCCACUCACUCCCAUCAAUAUCGUCUGCGCACCAACAGCAGCACUGUCUCUCCUCUCCAAGCUGCUGGUAACAGCAGCAGCGUUGCUGACCUAGAGCCAGUGGUCAGAGAGUUUGAAUUCAUGGAACAAUCAGUGACAGAGCGUGAACUGAAGAUCUCUGGUUUGCAGCCCUUCACAGUGUAUCGAAUCGAUGUUCAUGCCUGCAAUCAACAGGUCCAACGCUGCAGUGCCGCAGAGUUUGUGUUCUCCAGAACCAAGCCUGCAGAAAAGGCUGAUGACAUACCGGGUCAAAUGACAUGGGAGGGCCAUGAGGACUGGGUGUUUCUGCGCUGGCCAGAGCCACCUCAUCCCAAUGGACUCAUCCUCAUGUAUGAGAUUAAAUUCAAUCUGGCUGCUGAGACUGAGAAGCAUGAGUGUGUAUCUGGUCAGAUGUACAAAGCCCAGCGUGGCAUUCGGCUGUCCAACCUCAGUCCAGGAAACUACUCAGUCAGAGUGAGAGCCACAUCACUGGCCGGCAAUGGCUCCUGGACACACGCUCUAGAUCUUUACGUGGCUGAACGAUAUGAGAGCAUCCUCUACGCUGUUAUCUUUGUUCCUGUCGCUAUCAUCAUCCUCAUUUGCCUUCUGGCUGCAAUGUUUGUGGUCCUCAACAGGAAAAGGAACAGUGACCGGCUUGGAAAUGGAGUCCUUUAUGCCUCUGUCAACCCAGAAUACUUUAGUGCUGCAGAAAUGUAUGUACCAGAUGAGUGGGAGGUGGCACGAGAGAAGAUCUCGUUGAGUCGUGAACUUGGCCAGGGAUCAUUUGGCAUGGUGUAUGAGGGCUUGGCAAAGGGCGUGGUCAAAGAUGAACCAGAGACACGUGUCGCCAUCAAGACGGUCAACGAGUCGGCCAGCACGAAAGAGAGAAUAGAGUUUCUCCAUGAGGCCUCUGUCAUGAAGGAGUUUAACUGUCACCAUGUGGUGCGACUCCUUGGUGUGGUCUCUCAGGGCCAGCCCACCCUGGUCAUCAUGGAGCUGAUGACACGAGGAGACCUCAAGAGUUAUUUGCGCUCCCUCCGUCCUAAAGAGCAGUGGUCGAGCCUGUCUCUCCCUCCUCUGAAGAAGAUGCUUCAGAUGGCCGGGCAGAUUGCUGAUGGUAUGGCUUACCUCAACGCCAACAAGUAUGUCCACAGAGAUCUGGCAGCCAGGAACUGCAUGGUAGCCGAGGACUUCACUGUUAAGAUAGGAGAUUUCGGCAUGACCCGAGACAUCUAUGAGACGGAUUACUACCGCAAAGGUGGUAAGGGUUUGCUCCCUGUUCGCUGGAUGUCACCCGAGUCUCUGAAGGACGGAGUCUUCACCACCAACUCUGAUGUCUGGUCAUUUGGGGUUGUAUUGUGGGAGAUUGCCACUCUAGCAGAGCAGCCCUACCAGGGUCUUUCAAAUGAGCAGGUGCUCCGUUUUGUCAUGGAGGGAGGGCUGCUGGAGAAACCACAGAACUGUCCUGACAUGCUGUUUGAGCUGAUGCGAACGUGUUGGCAGUACAAUCCUAAGAUGCGUCCAUCCUUUGUGGAGAUCAUCAGCGGCAUAAAGGAUGAGCUGGACCCAUCUUUCAAAGAGGUUAGUUUUUUCUACAGCGCCGAUAACAAACCUGCUGAUGCUCCGCAGCUCCACCUGGACAAGAUGGACAACGCUGAUGACGAUCCUCUUGAUCCUGCUUAUUCCACACAGCCACAGCCACAGGAAACCCCAGUCCCUCAGCAGGCCCCUCCCUCCCUGAGCUCAGAGGCUCCACUUGCCCCCUCGCUAGCUCCCAGCUCCCCAACCUCUCCCAGUAUGUCAUCUGCUGCCAUGGACAAGCAUUCCUCUGGGCAGCAGGCAGCAAAUGGGCUGCCGGGGCCAGGCCUUGCAGCAGGGUCAGGCACAGGUGUCAAUAUGCGACCGUCUCUGGAGGAGUUGCCGCCGUACACACACAUGAAUGGAGGACGCAAAAACGAGCGUGCCGUGCCUCUCCCACAGUCCUCUGCCUGCUGAUGGAAAUGAGAGUCACACCAGACUGCAAACCCUGCCACCUACUGCCCUGCAGAACCUGAUGUUACAGUGACUGGGAUUUUUUUCUUUUAAAAUCAAAUACAGCAAGACCAUGUCUGCCACUUUCGCUGCUCAGUGAGGAGCAAACGCUGUUGCAGAAAACUGUCAGUUCGUAUUCUGCUGUAAGUCCGCACAUGUUUUUUCAUAUUAUUCUAGUUUUGGUUUCUACCAGCUGGCUGUCAGACAUGACACUGCCCUGGCUGCUGAAUGGGAAGACCAACAAAACAGUAAAGAAAGGAAACACAAAACAUCAUCUUGGGGGGGAUCUCCCUCUCUCUCUGUCUUUAUUUUAUAAAUUGUUUGUUACUUUUUAUGUUUCUAAAUGGGAAAACAAAAUGUGUAGGCCUUUAAAUGGCUGGCAUGGUUGCUUUUGGGUGGGCAUUAUGGUAAAACUGUUGCAUUGAGUGAAGAAGAAGCACUUCAGAGAGGUCAGCGUCUUCAUCGGCUGCAGGCUGGGUUUCUGCCAGGUCAACAGCCAGUCCACUGAAAAAAACAGCCACAGCAAAAGAAAAUCUGCCAAAUGUAUUGCCAAAAAAUUCCUUCAAAUUCUCCCCUCUGCAGUCUUGCCUUGAUGCAUAGCAGAUUGAAAUUUGAAGCAAAAAAGGGCCUUUGAUCUGCAACCACACCAUGGUUAAAAUCUCCCAUCAAAGGGAUGUUAGUUUCCCUCUGUUGCUGAUGCAGUCGUACAUCAGUCCUGCUGUCUGUUGCUGUCUGAUAUCUGCAGCUACUGUACUUUAUCAAAUUGUCAUCAUAGAUCUUGGUUACAUCUUUUUAUCUGAAAUUGAGUCACAUCCUGUCUCAAAGUGCUUCUCCAUUAUGGUUUGUCUACACAAUCCAGUCAAUAAAGAAGCAAAAAAAAGCCUCAAGGUAGAGGACUGCAGAGGGAAAAGCAUAAAGAGAUAAAGAAUAUGAACGUCUUUCGAUCAGGUUUUGGUCCGAGUUCAGAGGCGUCUGUUAUUUUCAAACAGGUAUCUUUUAGACCAGUCAUUAGUCUCCAACAUUUACAUCAUCUAUGUGGACAGAGCAUUUAUGUACCAGUUGUUUGUGUCACUUUUCUAACUUUUAUACGGUUGGAGACAUUCAUCGUGUACAGAGAGAAGCUGCUAUUCCUUAUUUCUCUUGUGGUUGUAAUAUAGUUGAUAUCUAUAUAUAAAAAGAGAAAACUGCUUCAGGUUGGAUCAGCAAAUGUUUCCACAGUGCAUAUUUUUAAUGCUUGUAAUUGUGUAAAGUAUCUGAGCUGGUUUUGAUUCAAUGCUUGCGUAAAAGGUACGACCAUUUGCCUUGUGGUUUGAAACACUGGUUACUUUCCCUCCCAUUUGACUAGAGGACAGUGAUGGCACCAGUGACCAUCAAUGUUCUAAUCUUCUUUAGGGCACUUUGACCUCUUGUCUUCUGAGGUUUGGACUUGACCCUGUAUACCCAUCAUUAUACUCAGAGGUCAAGUGUCACUGCUGAGUCCCAACUAAAUCUCAGGACAAAGAGAAAAUUAAUUUUUCUACUUUCCUGUUGGUUUGUGCUUUCAUACCCAGAGACAUCCAGUCUUCUGUGUCUGAUUCUGUGUCCCCCUGGCUCUGUUAUUGCAUUUUCUUUUGACAUUAAGUAAGAACAGUUUUUCCUAAAACUGAAACCAGAACGGGAUUUUCCAGUUUUUUUAAUGGAUCCAUGCUAUUUUUGUAUGGGGCCCCAAUACUGACAAAAUGUUAUUAGACAAGUCAGACACAUAACUGAAUAUAGCUACAAAUGAUAUAGUUUGCAAUUGCUGAUACACUGGUACAAGGUGCAAUGCUUAGUGCAGCCCUGCUGUGCAAAGCUAUUGUUAAAUAAUUGAAAUAGAGCACAAAAUGAAAUAUAAAGCUUUAUGCCUUUCUCUCAGUCCUGUUUACCCACAAUCAGUUGAUGUAAUAAAUUAAACCAUAAUUUAUUUAGCCCCCCCCCCACACACACACACACAUGUGUUCCACAGCAGCCAGUGCGCACACUGUAAUGUUAGUUAUCUAUAGUCUGUACUGCAUAUUGCUAUAACAGUGUGUGAACUCUUGUAGCUAAAUUUCAGUUAGCUUGCUAAUACUACUUAGAGCUUUUUGUUCAGUUGGUUUAUAUUGAGAAAGAAAUCUUUAAAUGACAUUCUCCUGCAACAUGUCAUAGGUUAUUACCACAUACUAGUGAAAGAUAAAUAGAAGAGGAAGAAAUUGUAUUCUUGGAAGAAAAGGUGUUAAACUUGAGGUUUCUUUUUAUGCUCCAUUUUAAUUAUUUAGAUAACUAUUUUUUACUGAUGAAUUUUUGACUUGUCUGAUAAUGUUUUAUCACAGUUUGUCAGUUUCAAGUUACUAUAUGGUUGUGCUCUCUAAUAACUGGGUUCAUGGUACAAAGUAAAUGCAAAACAGAAUUGAUUUAAUGUAGCAAUGAGUCUUAACAUCUUAUUUUUUCCAAAGGCAAGUGUAAAACCCUGUCUGCUGGAUAGUUAUUUCUUUUUCAACAUAUCAGCAUAUUUGUAGAAGGUUCCUGAAGCUAAAUUGUGUUGAGAAAUAAUUAUCUUACAGCACUGAGAGAAGAUUUUUUAAAAACGUGUCAGGAUAAAUAAGAUUUUGCAGCUGAGGACAACACUAAAGGAUUCGUAAGAGGGGCGGAUGCUGCUGAGGCUCUCCUCCUGAAGAUGUUCUUUAGCUCGCAUAUUAAAUCCAAAUUCAACAAGACACGUUUGGUCAGUUCUUUGACUGACAGGAUAUUCCCCGUGUUGAACACCUGAGCAUGUAACAGACUGCUUUAUGAAGGUUAACUGAAGAAACAUGAGAGACUAAAAUAUGAAGAUGAAUAUAUGGACCACAUGGAAUAGAUUUUAAAGACUCACCUCAAAAGCUGUAUUUGGAUUCUCAGCCCAGGUGUUUCUUGGUUAUUUAUGUUAUUUGUUUUGUGAAGUGUAAAUCACUGUAAAAGUUCCCCUCAAGUUGUUUUUUUUUUUAAUAUUUUUGUUCUAUUUUCUGGGGGUUUUUGGUUAUUAUUCUCUCAACCAUCCAUCUACCUCACUGUACUUUCAUUUUCAGUUUAUAUAUUUGUACAGAAAACAAGUCUAAUCUCUGUUGUCCAGCUGUAAUGACCAUCUUGCUGAGUGCUGUUAAUAUGGCCGAAAUCAAACCACAAACCAAACCAUCAUGGCGGAGGAGGCUGGUGCACAAACAUGAUGCUUAACAGGGAAAACUGGGUUACUGUGGGGAGAUAUUUCUCGCUAAUCUGCAGAUAAUCUAAUCGGGGAAACUAUUCAGGCUCCUAGUUGAUUAUAACAGCUGCUGGUGAAAUUUGGGACAAAUCAAUUAAAUAAGGAGGUGGUCCAGCUAAGACCAAGUCUUAGUAACUGUGAUGACAACACUUGGUGUUGUGUGCUUCUCAGAUGUUCUGUUGUGAGAAGAACUGUGAACAACAUGAAGAAAGAAUGAAGUGUAGUUCUGCUGCUGUUAAAAUCUCCCAGCCUCCCCACCUUUCCCUUCUCUACACUCCCCUCUCCCCUCCCCUCUUCCGACUGUACUGGCGUGCUGCUGUUUUCAGACCUCAGCCUCAAGUCCAUGUGUUAACACUUCCAUCUGUACUAAAGGUAUUUCCAGAAUAAUCAAAUAUACCAUGGAAAAAACCUCUUGCUGCUACACGAUUAAAAAAACAUAACACAGAGUUCUGGGGGACACCACAAUGUAAAAGUAAUACAUCAGAGGUAUAAAUCUGAAACUUGGUUACUAACAGCCAGGAGAGAAAAAUUAUCCAGGUAUGACCUGUUGCAUUGUGGUUUUGUGGACAGUGAGAAGGACCACGCUGUCUCUAAGCAGAAAUGUCUGACAUUGGGUGUGUUAUUUUUCUGGCCUAGGCAUGUGCUGGGGGAAAAUGCUGUUACAGUAUCUUGACACAUUAGAAAUGGAACUGGAGAUGUAUAUAGAGGACUGCAAAUUUACAGCCAGCUUUUGCUCUAUUUUCAGUGUGACAGUUUAAAACUGUGGCCCUUUGCAUCCUUUCACUACAUAUAGCAGAGAGCCAUUGUGGGUAUUCUGUCAGUCACUUGUUGCUGCUUAAAAAUGCUGGCUGGAUUCUGGUGGCCUGUGUUUAGAUGGGUACAUUUUCCACAGGUUCAUUUUCAACACAACACUCACAAACUACUGCUGCUAAUAUCCAUUACAGUACAAGUUGUUUCCCUCCCACCUUGUACAGUGCUCCAUCCUCUGUAACAGUUAGUGAACUGACAGGUUAAACUCCAAACGAUCAAACUGGCUUCAGCAUUCACUGAAGGCUCUUUCUUGUUAGUAAGCAAAGUCUAGCCAGUCAUUCAUAAGUGCACAACAUCUGGUUUCAUUUAGGCUGUUUGGUUCUUCAAACAUGACCUGAGACCUAGCUAAUGAUCUGUACUGUCUGCUAUGGAAACACCUUUUGUAACUGAGGAGCUAGUUAAUGAUGUUUUGUAUGUCACUUCCUCUUCAUGUGUUGUUUGGCAGAUUGUUGAGGUUCUUCACUUUGGUGCCUUGGCGACCAUGAUGCCAGAAAAAAAGCAUCUUUCAUGUCUUCCUGUGCUAACAAGGCAGGUUUGUCAUUUCAUCCCAGGAGUCUCAGUGAUGUGGGUUCUGUUGCAGAGUCCUCCUCCAACAACAGGCUUAUCAGUCUAGUGCCAGUUUGCUCUGACAUGACAAUGUCAGGAUGGGUUUUUGUGGUCUGAUUUUUGUCUCACAUUUACCACUGUAACACCACAGAGUGGACAUUAAGUGAAGCAAGUUUCUCUUUUUCUUUUGUUACAUAGAUGGUCAGUUUGUUACCAAGGUUUUGAUGUUUGUAAACUAUUCAUAGCCUUCCAUCUCUUGUUUCAAUUGAAAUAAUCUGUUAGACUAAGGUUUCAUUUUGGCUUUCUUUUGUACAUGCUGGUGUAAGAAUUUUUCCUGUUAUCAGUAUAUUCUGACUACUGGGAAACUGGCUGAAGGAAAAAGAGAGCAUUUGUUUCUCUGAUUCUUUUUUCUACACAAGAUUUAAGAUGAAUAAAACUGUAUGCAAACUG